UCGCGUCUUUUUAGUUGCGUUCUGUAAGUGCGGCAAAACGGUAAAGCAUAUUGAAAGCUUUAAGACUCUAAUCAUGUGCAGAACUCAGAGUUUAUUAUUAUGCAUGAUUUGGAUAAUACUCGCGGCUAGCUAUGAGUCUAUUCCAAUUUCAGGCUACGACAAUGCAUGUCUGACUACCGACCUCAACUUUGCAUUAGGAAUAUUGAUCAAUACAACGUACGACAAAUCUACCAUCUUUCAAUGCUGUCCCGGCUAUGCAGGACCAGUCGAAAACUGCCAGCCCGUUUGCUCUAAGGAUUGCGGACCGAAUGCCUUCUGCAACUGGCCCGAGCAUUGUGCUUGCAUAGAUGAUGAUUAUGAACAGAUCAAGGGAGGUCAGGGAUGUAAACCAAAGAACAAUCGAAACCUAUGCGUUGGCAAGGAAUUGACAAUUGAGAAUCCUAAGAUUACGUUUAGGUCAAACAGUAUAAUCGAUCAGGUGCCAAUGAUGUGCUGUGAAGGCUAUGAAAGGCUGAACGAGUCGGAGCCCUGUCUGCGCAAAGUAGACAAGCAUGAGUGCACAGUACCGAUUCAGGUCGCAAUGAAGCAAACGGAUAUUGAAGAAUGGAAACUUUGGGAUCUGGAAACGAAGGAUCCCAAUGCAACUUUGCCACUGACAAAAACGGAAAUGCGUCGAGUUUGCUGCGAUGGCUACAAAAGACAAACCACAAACGGCCCUUGCUUGAAAGAGCCUGAAAUUACCGAAAUUGUUGACUCGAGUGCGGAAUGGCUAGACAAUUUAAAAAAAAUAUAUGAAGAUUUAUAUACAGAAAACAUCGAUUCAACUUCGGUACCGGUGGAUGAUGAAAGUCCAGAACAGUUUGCCACAGAAAUUAUUGACACGCCCGAUGGUACGCCAACGACCAUGGAAAAUGAACUCUCAUCGACUACCGAUCCCACUUUGCAUGCAAAGGAGGUGGAAAGUGAAGCCAAACUGUCGGCGGAUUGGUUGAAGAUUAAAGAAGCAUUUGACCGUUUUGAUAUCGCAUUCCCCACUGAUCUGCUCAAAACAACAGUGGAAAAGGAAGUCCCAUCGCCUAAAGAUCCCAAUUUGUGUACAAGGGAAGUGGAAAGUGAGACCACACUGGCGCCGGAUUGGAUGAAGAUUAAAGAAGCAUUUGAUAGUUUCAAUAUCCCAUUCCCCAAUAAUCUGUUUCCGAAAAAAAUCGAAACAUUCUGCUGCACUGGCUACGCGAAGAAUGACAAUGAAGACCUCUGCAAGCCCAUGUGCCAACCCGAUUGUGGGGAAAAUAGCGAUUGCAAAGAACCAAAUAAAUGUGUAUGUCGAAAAGGUUUCCACCAGAAAGCAGGCAAUGAUCUCUGUGUCCCAGAUUGCUCGGAGCAGACCAAGCCAGAACACAGUAGCUGCAUUAGUCCUGAGGCAUGGGAAUGUGAUUUAGGCUACAUCAAACUGCCCAAGCCCUAUGGAGUAAAGGAGUUCGAAUGCCAGCCACAUUGCGUGCACAGCUGCUCCAGCUAUGGCAAGUGUGUGGCGCCCAAUGUAUGCGAGUGUCUGCCAGGCUAUAAACCCAUUUCGAUUGGCUAUGAUGAAAUUAAUCAGAUGUCGCUUGAGAGAUGCCAUGCCAUAGAUGGCACAGUUGAUACAAAUAUUAAUCAAGGGAUUAUCUAUCGAAAUACAUAGGAUCUCAUAUGCUAUAAAUAUUUUCUUUGAAAUUACAGUAAAUAUAAUUAUAUU